GCGCUGGAGUCAGGCCUGGUGGUGCUGGUGCAGGCUAUGGACCAGGAGGUGUUGGACCAGGUGGUGCUGGUACAGGCUAUGGACCAGGUGGAGUUGGACCAGGUGGUGCUGGUACCGGCUAUGGACCAGGUGGUGCUGGUACAGGCUAUGGACCAGGUGGAGUUGGACCAGGUGGUGCUGGUACCGGCUAUGGACCAGGUGGAGUUGGACCAGGUGGUGCUGGUACAGGCUAUGGACCAGGUGGAGUUGGACCAGGUGGUGCUGGUACCGGCUAUGGACCAGGUGGUGCUGGUACAGGCUAUGGACCAGGUGGAGUUGGACCAGGUGGUGCUGGUACAGGCUAUGGACCCGGAGGAGUUGGACCAGGCGGAGUCAGACCUGGUGGUGCUGGUACCGGCUAUGGACCAGAUGGAGUUGGACCAGGUGGAGUUGGACCUGGUGGUGCUGGUACAGGCUAUGGCCCAGGGGGAGUUGGACCUGGUGGUGCUGGUACAGGCUAUGGCCCAGGGGGAGUUGGACCUGGUGGUGCUGGUACAGGCUACGGACCAGGCGGAGCUGGAACUGGAGGAGUUGGACCAGGUGGUGCUGGUACCGGCUAUGGACCAGGUGGAGUUGGACCUGGUGGUGCCGGCUAUGGACCAGGAGGUAGGAUGAUAGAUGACGACAGAUUAAAUGAGGACUUCGGCCUGACUUGUUAAUAACGGGCUCUAAAUAUAUUUUUCCGUGUCUGUAUUUGCAGGUUAUGCUGGAGCCAAAGCGCGAAAAUAUGGUGAGAGACAACUUAAAAAAUAAAUAUGAACCAUAUGAAAG